AUGAAAGCUGAAAUCAAUGCCGAAAUGGAUAUUUUGUUGGAUAUUGAUAUGAGCUUUUCCUUACUCUCGAUUAAAAAACUCAAUAAAUCAUUUUAUCGAGAUCAACAAACUUUCACCGUAUUAGAUGGUAUUCAUCUCGAUAUUCAACAAGGAGAAUUUAUUUCUAUUGUCGGAAGCAGUGGCUGUGGUAAAUCGACCUUGUUGCGCUUAAUUGCAGGAUUAGAUAAAGACUAUCAAGGUGAGAUUUUACUGAAUCAAACACCAAUACAAGGGACAGAUUUAAAACGAGGUUUAAUUUUUCAGGAGCACCGUCUAUUGCCUUGGCUCAGUGUUUCCGAAAAUAUUCAUUUAGCGCUCGAAGAAACCGACUUAAGCCGUGCCGAAAAAAAUGCCCGUGUGGCAGAACAUCUUACAAUGGUGGGUUUAAAAGGUUUUGAAAAUGCUUAUCCACAUGAGCUAUCGGGUGGUAUGGCGCAGCGGGUAGCGAUUGCACGAGGCUUGGUUAAUCAGCCUGAUAUUUUACUUUUAGAUGAACCCUUUGGUGCUUUAGAUGCAAUUACACGUAGCCAUCUGCAAACUGAAUUACAACGUAUUUGGCAAGAUCAAAAGAUCACCAUGAUUCUAGUUACACAUGAUAUAGAAGAAGCGGUUUAUCUGGGUGAUCGCGUGAUCGUAAUGUCUGCUCGACCAGGAAAAAUUAAAGAAAUCAUUCAAGUUCCUUUGACCCAUCCAAGACAUAAAGACAGCGAAUUAUUAUUUAACUAUCGUAAUCAAGCACUCAAUAUGCUGGACCAUAGCGCAUAA